ACUAUCAUGGUCAGGGGUGGACUGACCAUUUGGAAACUCGGGCACUGCCCGAGGGCCCGGGGUCAGUAGGGGGCCCCCAUGAGAUGCCCCUGGUACCUUUUUUAUAGGCUUUUUUGAGUUUGGGCAAGGACACGGGCCCCAUGAUCCCCUACUGCCCGGGGGGCCCGAUGAGUUGUCAGUCCGCCCCUGAUCACUGUACUAAUGACACUGGGCAGGAAGGGGUUAACAUUUGGGGCAAUCAUAGGGUUCACUGUGUGCUGUUUUACUAUGUGUGCUGUGUGUGUUUUACUAUGUAAGCAUGCUGCUUUGUAUUGCUCUGCUAUGCUAUGCAGAGCAAUACAAAGCAGCAU